CCCGAGGACCGCGUUGAACCUGAAAUUCAUAAAAAAAUUUGAUAUUGGGUAAUCUGCGAUUGAAAUACUUACCGAUGACACUGUUUCGUUGACUCCUUCCCCAAGGACCGCAUUGAACCUGUAGAUGAUUGAAUAAAUUGCAUGCUAAUGGCAUGAUCUGGGUAAGUUUGAUGAGAAAUUAUAGAUACAGUGUGUGUAUUCGUACGAGUAUUUGCGCUUUUCAUUUGUAAUGGUUUUUGUAUGAAUUUUCCCCUCUUAAACUCUGCGGAUUUGUAGGAUUCAUUCUCAAACAAUUUUUUGAACUAUUUCAGAGCUCAUGUCCAAUCCUCUUGCGGAGGUUACGCAUCAUUUCGAGGUCAAUUGGUUUGAAAAUUUAAAUGUAAUAGCUCAGCUCUUGAUAGGGCACUACGACACGUUGAAGAAGGACCGGCCAAUUGAUCCGGAAGUUGUGGCGGAGGUAGCGGCUGAGUUUUAUAAAAACAAUGAUAAUAGAAACAGAAAACUCAUGCGAUCAUUUAUCAAAUGUCAUCGAUUAAAAAUUAUUCAAAUAAUAGAAAAGCAGUUGGAAAAUUUAAAUUCAAACGAAACCGGAUCGGUGGCGAGAGGGGGUCAUGAAGAUUUGGACAGAGAAAAUCGGAAAACAUCCAUGGAAUCCGAUUCCCAGAAAAGUGAUUCCGUCGGGAGUGUGGGUGUGGAGAACCCCAAUUUCUCCGUCGCCCAAAAUGGCGAUAUUAAUCGGUUGUCCGGAGCGACGGAGGAAAUGGAUGGCUCGGGGAUGCUACCCACGACACCAAGAGCGCCGACGCCAAAGGAGUCGGGCGAAGUCGACGCUUUUAGUGACGUGGGUGCGGAGAGCCCCAAUGCCUCCGUCGCCCAGGAUGGCGAUAUAACUAGGUCGUCCGGAACGACGGAGGAAAUGGAUGGCUCGGGGAUGCUACCCACGACACAAAGAGCGCCGACGCCGAAGGAGUUGGGCGAAGUCGACGCUUUUAGUGACGUGGGUGCGGAGAGCCCCAAUGCCUCCGUCGCCCAGGAUGGCGAUAUAACUCGGUUGUCCGGAGCGACGGAGGAAAUGGAUGGCUCGGGGAUGCUACCCACGACACCAAGAACGUCGACGCCGAAGGAGUCGGGCGAAGUCGACGCUUUUAGUGACGUGGGUGCGGAGAGCCCCAAAUUCUCCGUCGCCCAAGAUGGCGAUAUAACUCGGUUGUCCGGAGCGACGGAGGAAAUGGAUGGCUCGGGGAUGCUACCCACGACACCAAGAACGUCGACGCCGAAGGAGUCGGGCGAAGUCGACGCUUUUAGUGACGUGGGUGCGGAGAGCCCCAAAUUCUCCGUCGCCCAGGAUGGCGAUAUUACUCGGUUGUCCGGAGCGACGGAGGAAAUGGAUGGCUCGGAGAUUCUGCCCACACAACCGACGGAAUCAGCGAACAAAUGGAUGGACUCCGAAUUUUCAAAAGUUGUUCCGACCCAAAUCGACGAUGUUCCUUCCUCCUCUCUUCCGGCAAAAACAAAAAUGAAAAAAAAGACGCAACAGCAUCGAAUUGCUUCUGGCAUCGCAGGAGAUGGAAAAUGCUGAAAUUGGGAAUGCAAUUAUAUCACAAAGCCGAACUCGAAAAAAAAGGAAAAAAUAAAAUAGUAAAAGCCAUUUAUUUUCAAACCGAUA